AUGCCUGGGCCUGGACCCACACCACCAAUGCUGCUGCUGCUGCUGUUGAUGUUCUGCUGGCUGCCUUCGGGAGGUGCCCUGUCUUUGGCCCAGGAGCACCUCCCGGCCUUCCCGGGACCCUCAAAAGCUCGCUCCGGUACGGAUGUCUCCAGAUUCGAGGAGUUUCGGAAACUCUACGCACACCUGCAGACCAGGUUGCGGUUGAACCAAAGCUGGGAAGAUUCAAACCCUGACCGAGUCACCUCUGAAGCUCAAGUCCGGAUACUCACUCCAAAGCUGCGACUUGGGCUGGGCGGCCACCUGCACCUGCGCAUCGCCCGGGCUGACCUGACGAAGGGGCUCCCCGCAUCUUUCCGCCUGCAUCGCGCGCUGCUCAGGCUGUCCCCGACGGAGCUGAGCUCGUGGGACGUGACGCGGCCGCUGCGGCGUCAGCUCGGCCUUGGAGGUUCCGGGGCGCCCACCCUCCACCUGCGACUGUUGCCUCAGAGGGACCGCUUGCCGGCGCCGUUGCCUUCUGCACGUCCCCGGCUUGAGCUGCACUGGCGGCCACGCGCGGCCAGAGGGCGCCGCAACGCGCAUGCGCGCUCCAAGGACGCCUGCCCCCUGGGGGCGGGGCGCUGCUGCCGCCUGCAAAGCUUGCGCGCGUCGCUCGAGGACUUGGGAUGGGCCAACUGGGUGGUGGCGCCUCGCGAGCUGGACGUGCGCAUGUGUAUCGGCGCGUGCCCAAGCCAGUUCCGGUCGGCCAACACGCACGCGCAGAUGCAGGCGCGCCUGCACGGCCUGAACCCCGACGCGACGCCGGCGCCGUGCUGCGUGCCCGCCCGCUACGAGCCGGUGGUGCUCAUGCACCAAGACAGCGACGGUCGGGUGUCGCUUACGCCCUUCGACGACCUCGUGGCCAAGGACUGCCACUGCCUAUGAGCGGUCCUAGUCUUUCGCUUACGGCUCGUGCGCAGUGGAAGUGACCUCAGAGGUCCUUGCCUGUCGAAUGGGCUUGUGGGUCCUGAGAUACCCGAUUUCCCACCACUGCUAUCUACCCCGUCCGGCGGAGACCGCUGUAUUUAUGUUUGUAUUUAUUAUUAACUUAUUGGGGUGAUCUGCCUGGGGACUGGAGGGGCUGGUCUGACGGUGUGCAUUUAUUUAAAACCGUGGUAAUAAAAACGAAGUUGUCUGACCUGA